AUGAACCCCAGCAAGAGCAAGAAUCAGCUCAGACGCGCAAAGAAGAAAGCCCAGAAGUCUGAGGCUUCUUUACCGGUUGAAAAAAAGGAAUCCCCUAAGCCGCUCCCACCAGCCUCUACCUCUAAGGAUACACCAGCCGACAAGGAUACACUAGCUGAUUCCAACCAUGAGCUGAUCCUUGACCCUAGCAAUCCUCUAUGGGAGUCUUACGCGGCAAUUGCUGGCAGAUUUGACGAAACUGCGACCGAUAGUUUGACAAAGAACUCUGAGAGACCUGAGGUCUUUUUCGAUGACGGUGAUGACAUCCCUGACGAAGACCAGGACACUGAACCGAAAAUCUCCAAAAAGAAGCGCAAGGAAAUGAACAAGCUUUCCGUUGCUGAGCUCAAGGCAAUGGUUCGGAAACCCGAAAUCGUUGAAUGGACAGACACAUCUGGCAGCGAUCCUCGGCUUCUGAUCCGUAUCAAAGGUCACCGCAAUGUGGUUCCUGUGCCCGCCCAUUGGUCACUUAAACGAGAGUAUCUUUCUUCCAAACGAGGAGUGGAAAAAGCGCCAUUUGCGUUGCCGAAGUUCAUCCAGGAGACUGGAAUCUCUGAGAUGCGCGAUGCUGCGUUGGAGAAACAGGAGCAAUCAUCCUUGAAGCAGAAGCAACGAGAAAGAGUUCAACCGAAAAUGGGCAAAUUGGAUAUUGAUUAUCAUAAGCUUUACGAGGCAUUUUUCCGACAUCAAACCAAGCCGGCGCUGACUCGCCAUGGAGAGAUUUACUACGAAGGUAAAGAGUAUGAGACAAACCUCAAGCAUCUUCGCCCUGGUGAAUAUAGCGACGACCUGAGGGAAGCUCUGGGUAUGACUCUCGGAGGACCUCCCCCAUGGCUUGUGAACCAGCAACGACUGGGUCCCCCGCCAUCCUACCCUGCUCUCAAAGUUCCCGGCUUGAACGCGCCUCCCCCUCCCGGAUCGAUGUGGGGUUACCAUCCCGGAGGGUACGGCAAGCCACCGGUUGAUGAACACAACCGUCCACUGUAUGGGGGUGACAUCUUCGGUGUCCUCCAACCCCAACAACAAGCCCAGCAAGGAGAACCAGUCGAGAAAGAUCCGUGGGGUGAAUUGCAAGAACCAGAGGAGUCGGAAGCCGAGAGUGAAGCCGAGGAGGAGGAUGAGGAUGAUGAAGAGGAAGAUGACGAAGAAGCGGAGGCAGAGCCUCGUUCUCCUAGGUUGGCAAGUACCAGCGGGAUGGACUCAGCAGCACCAUCUGAGUUUAUUGGGGCCGAGAACGUUUCCGGGGAAUUCGACGUUCGUAAACCUCAUCGUGGAACCGAAACUGAAGACCCGGGCCAUCCCCGAAGUGCGUAUCAAGUGAUUCCAGAGCGACAAACCAAUGUGGAGGGAUUCUUUGGUGGUGACCGCGCAUACGAUCUAAGUGGAUCCGCAUCCAAACAUCCAGUUCUCGGUGCGGAUGAACAGAAUCGAAAACGCAAGAAGCCUGGGGAUGUUGAGGUCUCAGUCGACUUGGACGCUGUUCAAUCUGGCGAUGGAAUCAGCAAGGAGAGCCUCCAAAACAUGUACGAGGCGCAGAGGCAACAACAAAACCAGCCAAGUUGGGGCUUCCAGGAGGAUCUCAGUGACAUGAUCGCACAGGAGAGCCGCAAGAGACUACGCAAAGAAGAAGAGAGACGUACCAAGUCUUGA